AUGGCCCCAGCCUGGGAGUCGCUGGCCAAGACCUUAAAAGGUCAGGUGAACGUCGCUGACGUUGACGUUACCCGAAAUCUUAACCUUGGAAAGAGGUUCCAGAUUCGUGGAUAUCCCACGCUUCUGCUCUUCCACAAGGGCAAAAUGUAUCAAUAUGAAGGUGGUGAACGUACUGUCGAGAAACUAUCAGAAUUCGCUCUAGGCGAAUUUAAGAAUGUCACUGGAGUCCCUGUGCCACAGCCAUUGUCAUUAUUCGCUUUGGUGAGCGACUUUAUGGUGAGUGGUGUGAAUGAGGCUCUGAGAGUGUAUGACGCUGCACUUGCAGGUUUUGUCACGAUCUCCUCAUUCUCGUUCCUCUUUGGACUCCUUGUUGGACUCAUGCUUUCGCUCUUUUUAUUCACCAGAAGAGCCACACGUAAACCUAAAGUCCUGACUGAGCGCAAAAAAGAUAAAUAA